CGGCAGAGGGGGCUCCGGGGUCGGACCAUCGGCUCUCCCUGCGCUCUCCGCACCGCGGCUUAAAUGAUGUAUUUUGUGAUCGCAGCGAUGAAAGCUCAAAUUGAAAUUAUUCCUUGCAAGAUCUGUGGAGACAAAUCAUCAGGAAUCCAUUAUGGUGUCAUUACAUGUGAAGGCUGCAAGGGCUUUUUCAGGAGAAGUCAGCAGAGCAAUGCCACCUACUCCUGUCCUCGUCAGAAGAACUGUUUGAUUGAUCGAACCAGUAGAAACCGCUGCCAACACUGUCGAUUACAGAAAUGCCUUGCCGUAGGGAUGUCUCGAGAUGCUGUAAAAUUUGGCCGGAUGUCAAAAAAGCAAAGAGACAGCUUGUACGCAGAAGUACAAAAACACCGGAUGCAGCAGCAGCAGCGAGACCACCAACAGCAGCCUGGAGAGGCCGAGCCGCUGACUCCCACCUACAACAUCUCGGCCAACGGGCUCACCGAGCUUCAUGAGGACCUCAGCAACUACAUCGACGGGCACACCCCGGAGGGAAGCAAGGCAGACUCUGCUGUCAGCAGCUUCUACCUGGACAUACAACCUUCCCCAGACCAGUCAGGUCUUGAUAUCAAUGGAAUCAAACCAGAACCAAUAUGUGACUACACACCAGCAUCAGGCUUCUUUCCCUACUGUUCUUUCACCAACGGAGAGACGUCCCCAACUGUGUCCAUGGCAGAAUUAGAACACCUUGCACAGAAUAUAUCUAAAUCACAUCUGGAAACUUGCCAAUACUUGAGAGAAGAGCUCCAGCAGAUAACGUGGCAGACCUUUCUGCAGGAGGAGAUCGAGAGCUACCAAAACAAGCAGCGAGAGGUGAUGUGGCAGUUGUGUGCCAUCAAAAUCACAGAAGCUAUACAGUAUGUGGUGGAGUUUGCCAAACGCAUUGACGGAUUUAUGGAACUGUGUCAAAAUGAUCAAAUUGUGCUUCUCAAAGCAGGUUCUCUAGAGGUGGUGUUUAUCAGAAUGUGCCGUGCCUUCGACUCUCAGAACAACACCGUGUACUUUGAUGGGAAAUAUGCUAGCCCCGAUGUCUUCAAAUCCUUGGGUUGUGAAGACUUUAUUAGCUUUGUAUUUGAAUUUGGAAAGAGUUUAUGUUCUAUGCACCUGACUGAAGAUGAAAUUGCGUUAUUUUCUGCAUUUGUACUAAUGUCAGCAGAUCGCUCGUGGCUGCAGGAAAAGGUAAAAAUUGAAAAACUGCAACAGAAAAUUCAGCUAGCUCUUCAACACGUCCUGCAGAAGAAUCACCGAGAAGAUGGAAUACUAACAAAGUUAAUAUGCAAGGUGUCUACAUUAAGAGCCUUAUGUGGACGACAUACAGAAAAGCUAAUGGCAUUUAAAGCAAUAUACCCAGACAUUGUACGACUUCAUUUUCCUCCAUUAUACAAGGAGUUGUUCACUUCAGAAUUUGAGCCAGCAAUGCAAAUUGAUGGGUAAAUGUAUCACCUAAGCACUUCUAGAAUGUCUGAAGUAUAAACCAUGAAAAACAACAACAACAAAAAUUAACCGAGACACUUUAUAUGGCCCUGCACAGACCUGGAGCGCCAACACACUGCACAUCUUUUGGUGAUCGGGGUCAGGCAAAGGAGGGGAAACAAUGAAAACAAAUAAAAGUUGAACUUGUUUUUCUCAUGCAUAUGAUUUCCAUUAUGCCUACAGAUAUGGACCCUUUUUCUGUCUCAACUUCUUGAUCAUUGACCUCUGUUUACAACUGAAGGAGGGUACUAAAGUCGGAGGAUUUCCUUUUCUUGUAGCUCACUGCCCACAGACUUUCUGCAGAGUCACCAAUCUGUCGGUAACAACAGAGAGUCCGGCAAUAAUCGGUGCCCGGUGUGCAUAGCGGAGGUGGCGGCAUGACUUUGCACAACCUGCUCUUUGUUUCAUGAAGGAAGUUUUUAUUUUUUUCACCGAUUAUUGCCAGUCAGCAGGAUGGCAUGAAAAGGGUCCAUAGCACUAGCAACAAUAGCAUUAUAAUAUAUUACAGGGUAAAUGGGCAUGAAGACUAUAUAUAGCUAAAAGAGAUAUUGUUUAUAUAUUGUUUUAAUUAAUAUAAAAUGUAGUUACUGGUGUAGCUUUUCCUGUUGAAUUGAUAAGGCACUUUCAUUUUGCACCUUUUUCUUUAAAUGAAAUGCUAGCGUGUUCACUGUCGUGUCGCAUGUGCACCAGAAACACAAGUUUAACUGAGAAGGCUUGGAAGGUACGUCAGGAGGUAUUUAUGCUGCUGUUUACAAAUUACUUUGAAAAGACUGGCUGGUCAUAUCUAGAAAUCAUGAUGUGGAUUAUUGGUUUGUUUUUGUUUUGUUUUGUUUUGUUUUUUUACGCUUCAUUUGGUCUUAGAAACGGAAUUCUCCCUAAAUGAUACUUUGCUUUUUGGUAAGCUCAAGGAUAGAUGUGUUUAUGCUUCAUACAAAGUUGAAUGGUCGAUUGGUGCUAUGGACUUAUACCAUCAUGCACGUUAUUUUUAAAAAGCUUUUUUAAGUGCUCCUCAUGGAGGUGGGGGGGGGAGGCUCAUUUCAUACAAUUCAGUAGAUAUAUGGACUCAGUCUCAACUUGGAAUUCUUAUGCUUUGAGGAUAAAUCAGUAACCCAAAUAUUUAUUGGAAUUCAGCUUUUAUUAUAAGAAGGACCCAAAGAUUAUAUCUGGAGCAAACACACACUCCCCAUGUGAGGACAUGAAACAUUGUGAAUGCCUAUGUUCUUGGUCUAAUCUAGGAACCCUAAGAGUGUAUCUCAGAGUGACCUAGCUCUAGACUAGCUGCCUCUAGAUGCUAUAAUUCUAGAAUAUAGUUCUCCAUAUUUCAUAGACAAUGGACAGAAGGGCGAGGGAGUUAUGCAACACUGAACCGGUUUCUCUUAUUUAAAUAUUAAAUAUUUUAAGCAUUCAAAGUGAAGUUGAUGCUAGCCGCAAACAUUUACUCUUGUAUUUAUCUUCAAUAGAAAACUGUGGACUGUAAUUUAUUUUAUUAAAUAUUUAGAAGAAUGUUUGGCUUUUAUGUUCAGGUGAGAAAUAUUGAAUGUUUUUGUUUAAUUUCAUUUUUUUUUAUUUUAAUAACUCCCAGUGGGGGAAGGGAAAAUGAACAGUCUGAUAUACAAGUGUGCAUAUUUUAAAAAUAAGUGCCCUUUGGAAAUGUCAGCAUUUAGAAGAUGAUUUUAGUCAGUCGGGUGGGAUUCAAACUUCUGGUCUGACACGAAGGACCAGGGUUAUAUGGAAAAGGGAAUAUCCCAUAGCAUAAUGGUGGGAGUUUCCAGGCAGAGAAAAAAGUCUCUACCCCCAGGCUCUUCCUGAAUCUUCCCUAGGAACUGUGGCUCCUACUGUCAGGUGGAUCACAGCAGGGGCAUCCCAGAGCCAUUUACUCUGGGUUUAACCCCAACUGAUUUUCUGACUUGUUUCUUGAGGGAUUUGGAAAAGAGGAAGGAAUUAUUCACAGAGAAGUGUGUAUGAAGCCUAAAUAACAUCUUAGUUUUUUUUCAAAAAUAUAGUAAGGGUUUAACCAUAAGUAGAAGACGAGAGUAAUAUCUACUUAAAUUUCUUACAAGUAUAUUAAACUUUAUGUGAGUGUUUAUAUAGAGAGGUAAACUAAACAUAUAGUAUUUAUAUUUGGGCAAGAAGGGUGAAAUCAAAAUUUUAAUUUAAAUAAGCAUAGUUCCUUUAAAGAUCAAUAGUAUUUAUACUCUGAAAAGAGUACCAAGCUUAGUUCAGUUAUUUAUUUGUCCAUUUAUUUUUCCUGUUGUUUCUCCUGGGGGGGGGCGGGUAAUGUGUUGGGUCUUUUUUGGAGAGGGGGUGUUUUUUGUUUUUUUGUCAUUCUGAGUCACUAAAUUUGGGGAUGGUUUUAUUAAAGUGUAUUAACUUCUUUUUAACCAAAGCUUUCUGAAUAUGACCAGCCUCAGGUGCUAGCGCAUUAAAGAGCAACUAAACCUAAUUCCAGUGUCCGUUUGUGAAGUGAUAAGAGCUAACUGAACUUCUCUAAGGGUGAGAGAGAGCAUAAUGUUGAGCUUAAAAGAAAUUCCUUUUCCCAGAAAGGACUUUGCAUGUACCAAAUGCAAAAAAAAGAUGCUUAAUCUCAGUCACACCAUGGUGACAUUGCUUUUAGAAUAAACCAACAUACAUUGACGUGAUGCUGCUACCAGGUCUUUCUGAAAGAAAAGCAAGGUGAGGAAGAGCAAAAUACAUUGGCAGUGUAGGGACAGAGCAGGAGAGGCAUGCUCAGUGAACAGAGGGAACAACUAUGAUUUGGAUCAAAGUUGGGAUCUGAAGUUAAACAAUAAAUUCAGUUUUAAAAAAAUGGAAGUAUAGAAAAGGAUGUGAAAAACUGCAUUUUUAUUUUCUUCUUACAGAAACACCUGUGUGAGGACACAAACUACUUGGUGAUACAGAACAGUGAUUGUUAAGAGUUCUUAUAAUUAAAGUUUCCUAAACUUAAAUAUCCAGUAGUCUUUUAAAGAUUGGAAUCACAUCAUUGUUAUCCCAGCUCCUAUGAUGCCUUUAAUACAGUUUUUCCAUAGAGGGUACAUAAGGCCUUUUGUACAAAGCCUGAAUACCUUUGGUUACAGUGGUGUCAGAUGGUUGCAUUAUAUUCUGAAGAACCUGGCCUUGGUCACAAUGAAAACAAAAGUGCAGAUGAAAGUGCUUUUUUGGACAGUUGCAAAUUGUGUUAAAGCUAUGGAUUUUUUUUAAGUGUUCAGCAUCCUAAUUUGCGUUAAAGCUAUGGAUUUUUUAAAAAGUCUUCAGCAUCCUAAUUCACCCUUCCUAACUUAAGGAAAAUAUAACUUAAGACACUGCUUCUAAGUUUGGUUGUUCUUUAUAGUGUGGAUACCCAGAUCUCUGUGAGCGUAGGGGGGGUGGGCUGAUGGCCAGGUGAGAAGGGAGAGAGAGAGAGAGAGAGAGUGUGUGUGUGUGUGUGUGUGUGUGUGUGGUUUUCGUGUGUAUGAUGUGUGUGUGUCGGACCGCUUCUAGGCUACUAAGUGUCAAUGGAAAAGAAAAUGUAUUCAAAAUACUUAAAUCAAAACUAGAAGAUGGGAAAAAAAAGAUUUAUUCUAUACAAAGCCUUGUCUGGACCACUUUAGAGAGACUUCUAUUUUUUUAACCCUUCUAUAAAUAUUUGAUGGCACUUGAAAUAUUCCUGCAAUAAAAUGUGAUUUGUGUAAAGAAAAAAAAAAAGAUUUUGUAAUGUGAAACAAAGAAAGAAAGUAAUGUAAUUUUCUAAAAAAAAAAAUACAAACAAACAAACUUUGUAUUAUUUUCUUGAUGGAAUUUGUCUAUCUGUCUUUGGAAAACUUUUUAUUUCAUUGAAUGUGCCAUAGUAGAAAUAUGUGUUUUUAGUUUUAGACUAAGGAAUAGCUGUUUGUGUUCCGACAUUCCAAAAUGCAAAACAACCUAGUAGAAUCUUUAUUGAAAAGGUUUAAGUAGGAUGUAAGCUUCUCUCAUUGUUGCUUUUUUGCACAUGUUCUUCAUUCCUCUCUAGUGCAAUAUGUACAUAGAGCACUUGCGGGUGUACCUUGAUCCCUCAGGGAAAAAAUACAUAUUUGUACAGUUUUGGUUUUUUGGUUUUUGUUUUUGGUUUUUUUGGUUUCUUUUUCUUUUUUUUUUUUUUUUUUGGCCUUUUGUUUUUGGCUAAGGAAUGUCGAUUGAAUCACUUGUUAUUGUUGAGGGGCAGCCAGAUAAUAAUCCUAAAGCCACUGUUUUCAAACAUUGAUUGUUUAAAUCAUGUGUCCUUCCAGUGCUAUUAUUUUAAGAUAAUAAUAAUAAAAAGUUAUUUUCUGACAGUUCUUUGUGCUGAUUGGUAAAAAAAAAAGGGUAAAUAAGCACCUUAUGAUUGACUUACUGUGAAUGACAAUCCAUCUUGAUAUCAACAAUAGAGGCCCUAUCACUUUGGAGUUGGGGUUAAGAGUCAGAAACGAUGUGCUCAGGGAUCUUCUAAAACUCUUCAAACAGGGUGGCCAGUACUACUGGGACAAAUUGUGUUUUUUAUUAUUAAUAAUAGUGAUAAUAAUACUAUCCCUCAAGGCACAAGUGAACUGUGUAGAACUGCGUGUGUGUGUGUGUGUGUGUAUGUAAACUCUUCACUCUCGUCUCAUUUUGUUGAGUUCAAAACGUAUGUGUUCUUCAGUCUUGUGUGGUUUAAAACGUUGAAUAACUUCCAAAGCAGUAUAAAGUUAUGCCAGUAUGUUCACAAGAUAAAUUAAUAGGCAGUAUACCAAUAGAGAACAUCACUUCAAGUGCAGUCCUACAUACUCCAUUUACCUUCCUCAAAAUUCAUAGCAUUACAUAUUAGAAACUUCCCAAUUCUACAUGUAUGCAAAAAACUGUUUAAACCAGUUAUGAGAGACCUGCCUAUCAGUGCAGUGAAAGAGGUGAAACUUUGAACACAUUUUUUCAAAUGCCAGCAAAUAACUUAUUUUCAUUGCACUCUCCUCUAGAAGCAAACCAAAACAUCCCUUUAUGUAACAUAGUUCUUUUACUUCUUCACUUCGAGUUUUCAUCUCUUGAAUCAAUACAAGAGCUAACGUUUAAAGACAAAAAAAAACCCAAAACCCACCUAUGUAACAGUGCCACGAGCCAGCUCUUAGGGUUACUUUGGACAUUUUUGCAAUAUAGCUUCGGUCUCAUGUUUCCAUGUAUUUUCAUGAGGUCAGUGAACCUCAGUAUAGUUGUUGGCUUUGAUUCUUCCAUACCUGGAAUACACAUUGAGAAGAAGCUUUUACUAUUUUCUUAGUACCAUAGCAGAAUAUAAUUUGAGAAAACUUUCCAUGUCAUUUAGAUGAAAAAGAAACUUUGACCUUGUUUUUUAUAAUAAAGACUAUGGAAAAUGGCAGAAAUUUCUCUUUCUCUCUCCACUUCUAUACAUGUAUACAUAUAUAUACAUACAUACGCAUAUAUAUACAUACACACACAGGUUAUUGACAUUUUCACAUAUUGUAACAUGUGAUGGCCAUGUCUUACUUAUAAAGAUUGCUACAACAGAACCCUAUUAACAGAAAUACAAUUGCAACAGAAAAAUCUUGAAUCUAAACACUAGAGGUUCCACCAGAUUUGAUUAAAGAGGCCUUCCUCCUAUUUCUUCUUAAGAUAUGAGAAGGCUGAUGCCAAUGUCUUUACAAAGCAAAAGGUUUCACUUCUGGGUCAGUUGCUUAUUUGUUGUAAGUAAGAUCAGUUUUGUCAGGCUCUCAGAAUAAUUUUUUUAAAGUAAUCCAAAAGCCUGGCUUAUAUACCAAGGAAGUAUCAUAGAUGGAUCUCCAUGUUUAACCAGACCCUCAGAUCUUAGAGCAAUAAAUACAUUCAUUCAGUCAUUUACUUAUUUAUAAAUGAAUGACAGAAUAUUCCAUCCAAAUAAAUACGAUGUUUUUUCAGCAAUGCAAUAUAACAUGGGGUCUUGCGUUAAGAAAAUGCAUGACUAUUUUAAACAGAUGCCUAUAGAAUCCGUGUUUGCUGUUUACAUUUAGUGUGUCUGCCACAUUUUCUUUUGCUUUUUUUCCUUCUAAGAACUGAAGACAGACAGCUUGCUAUUAGCUUUGACACACUGCACACACCAUUAUGUUGUUCUCUAAGAGCAACUAAAUUCUCUCCAGUGUUCUGUGUGUUUCCUUUCUCACUCAUUAUUACUUUAAUGUGGAUGAAAACUAUUUCUGGGAACUUGGUUAUUAUUGAACAGAUUGCAUAUGUAAAUGCAGAUAAUUCUUGAGCAAUAUAGUGAAUAUGAUUUCACACACAAAAAAAAUCUGUAUGUACUGUACACAUCUUCCUGAAUCCAAAAUUCUCUUAUCCACAGUGGUUUGAAAUCUCAAAUAAAACAGUGGUAAAUUUUUAAACAUUAGGACAUUAGCUGGCUGCUUCUUUAAAUGUACCUGUAUUGUCUGCCUGCUCCUUUUGUGGAGAUGUGUUUUUGUAUUGGAUGUUUGGGCCAAUGGGAGGCUUCAAGCUACAACAUAUUUUCCCAGUUUAAAUAUAUUUAACAUAUGACAAACCCCAGACAAGGCUUUUAAUAUGUAUAAAGAACUGCAGUGUUAGGUGGUUUAUUUGCAAACCGUUUUCAAUGUUGUCCAUUUUUAUGGCACCUUUAACAAUAUUCUUGUUUCCAAAGUACAAAAAAAAAAAUAGGUUAAAUAAUCUAGCCAUAACUGAAUGUCAAGCAAUAAAACAAAUGACUUUUGUGCAUAGACUUAAAAAAAUACAAAUUUUAGACAUCUGCAUGUAAAUGCAAUCUCUUGUUUACUGCUUUCUUCAACUUGAGCAAUUGAUUCCUUAUUUACUAUUAACUUAAGAACUUGUAAUGGCCUGUAAACAUUUUCUCUCUUACUCUUCUUUCAAAUUUACCUUUGUCCCUGCUUUUAAGUCAUAAUAUUUAAUGUUGUUCUGCACAUCUCUAUACAGUUAACUUUUUGGCUUUCAUUCUGUAUAGAUAAGAAAAUGUUAUAUUAUAAACAGCCUACUCAGUGCAAAUAUUUAUCUGUUUAUCAAAUCCACAAUAUGCUGUAUAAUACUGGUUUUACUAUAUAAUCUAUUUUAGACAUAGCUGUUUAGAACUAGAGUGUGCUAUUUUUGUGUUUUUCUGAUGUGUGGUGCUAGAUAAGUUACUUUUGUGAACAAAAAAAAUCCCUUUUAUUCCUAGACAAUACCACCUUUGGGUCUUGUUAAUUUCACUGAGUAUAACUAUAUAUUUGUAUAUAUAUACAUAUAUAUAUAUAUAUCUACCUGUUCCCAACUGGCAGCUGUAUCAGAGUGCUGGAUUUGGGACAUGCUUUUCUCUUUAAAUACAUAAUAUCAUUAUAUAAAUUAUUCUAGAGUGUAUUUAAUUAGGAUAAAAUUACUUCCUUAGUAUGGAUAUUUGACAUCUAUAGGGUGAAUUUGCUUUUAAAUAUGGAUAUAUGAAAACUUCUUAGCAUUUACUUUAUGUUUGCUACUUGGGUUUAUACCAUAUCUUCUGAGCUGAAAACUAAUUUGCCAGGCCUUCAAGAUCCUAAAGAAACACUCUAGUUUAAUGGAGUAAUAUUUUUUUUCUUACUAAGGAAUUAUAUUAUUGGCACCUGACAGAGUUGUGUACUUACUUCCUAUUAUAGAUAAUAGGCAUUUAUAUAAAAUAUCCUUGGUGGCUGGAUGGCAGAAUAAACCUUUCCCCUCCUACCUGAGUCAUGAGAACCAUGGAGACACCCGCUAUCAUGGCAGAACAUGGGCCAUAAAGCAGAUUUGACAAGGGACAUUCUGUUUCAAUAUGACCUCAACCAGUUCCAUGAACUGAGCAAAAGACCUUCAUUUUAAAAGUCAUUUAAUAAUGAGCUUAGUUAAACUCUUUCACCUGUUCUCCCAAGACCUAUUGGCAUUGUUAAAAAUCAAAGUAUAUCAAAUAUCUAACUAAGGAUGUAGUUAACCUUAUUAAAUAUUGAUUAGAAUUGUUCUGUAAUAUUACUGAAUUUGUAAGAUCUUUAGCAAAGAUUUUUGAGCAAUUUAUAAAUAUAGAGCAAAUGUUUCUGUUUACUGCACUUUUUGUAAUUGAAGGUGAUAAAUUCUCAAGCCAAGGUUAUUGGCUUCCGUGCACUGCAUAUUUACCCACAAUUCUAGACAUUUUCCAUUUUUAUGGAAGAGUUGCUGUUACCUUAAUUAUAAAUGCAAUCAUGUGGUUAAUGAGAGCAAAUGCUAAUAGUUAACCUUUUAAAGUGAAUUGGCUACAGUUUAGGGAGAAAUCUCUUUUACUACAAAUUACAUCAUUCCUUACUGCUUCACUUAGAGAUUGAAACCUGUUUUUCUGCUUGUUUUUUAAGCACCAUUUAGUAUCCUAAACUUCCUGAGAGUAGAGAUUGUAUCUCUUUGUGUCUACACAAUGGCCAGCACAUGUCAGCAUUUGAUAAUUGUUAAAUGACAACUGUGCCCAAAUUAAAAUUUUUUCCUGGGAUUUUUUUUUUUUUUUUUGGUGAAUUUAUAAAGUAUGUCAAGCCUUAUGGUGAACACUUUCUUCUACAACCAAGUAUUAAAGCUACGUUUAAAAAGACCACAUGAAAUGCUGAUUCUUAUUGUGUGUAGGUCUUGAAGAUUAAGCACACAAAUUUCACAAAACUCUGUGAGUAACAAACUCAGCCUUCUGUAAAUAUACAUGCAAGUUUGGAAACAGUAAUACUGUACCUAUAAAUAUAUGCUGUCUGUUUUGUGUACAGUAUGUAAAAACUCCUUUUCUGCCACACUAAAAAUGCAAGCCAUUUAUGGGAAUCCUAAAAAUAGUAUUGUACUAAAACUUUGCUAAUGAUCUUUAUUGGAGGAUCAUCCAACGUUUCACUUACAUUGGGUUUUCUUUUCAAUUCACUCUUACAGUAGUCUGCUUCUUUCCAGCUGUUUGUUAUUUUAUUGAGUCCUCAAUUUAAAAAAAUAUUUUGAUUCAUUUUGUAAAUACAAGCUGUAAAAAAAAGAGAGAUUUAAUGUUGUCUUUUAAAUACUCCGAUUUUCAUUCUAAUAUGAAUGUUGUUAUAUUGUACUUAGAAACUGUACCUUUAAUAUUACAUUACCUUUAUUAAAAGUGCAUUGAACACAUCAAUUUUAGAUGUGCUUUAUGUACUGUUAUCCUAUAAUAAAACUUCAGCUUCUAAUGGAA